CCCGCGCGGCGCCUCCACCUCAACGGAAAAAUCCCCAACUAAACCCUAGGAUUUGCGCCCGCCCUCCCCAAUGCUGGAAUCGGAGCCGUAGCGAGGCCUGAGGUUUCCUGCUCCCUGCUCCCCGCUCUUCCUCCCCACCCCCCUUGCGUGCUGCUCGCUCUCCGCCGCUGCCUGCGGUGUGGUGGCUUGCGCCCGUCGCUCCCCGUGGUUUUUCUUUCCUGUGGAUUUGGGAGAUUCUCAAAGCGCAAGCUAGAUUACAUAAUAUGAACGCAGGAUUCAACCCACAGAUAUUGGCGCAGAAGCUUUUGAAGCUCAACAAUUCACGACAAAGCAUAGAGACUUUGUCACAUUGGUGUGUCUUUCAUUAUCGACACUGCCGACAAGUUGUUGAAACAUGGGAUUCUGAUUUUCACUCAGCUCCUCGUGAGAGGAGGGUAUCUUUGCUGUACCUUGCAAAUGAUAUUGUGCAGAACAGCAAAAAGGACUCUGGUAGAUAUGUUAAUGAGUUCUGGAGGGUCAUCCCUGCUGCCUUAAAUGAUGUGUUUGUCAACGGCGAUGACUUUGGAAGAAAUGUCGUACAGAGACUGGUUGAUAUAUGGGAAGAACGUAACAUAUUUGGGUCUCAUGGGCAAAGUCUCAAGGAAGACUAUACUAGAAGGUUCAAGGAGCUCAAAUCCAAGUCGAGAAAGCCUAAUGGGGAACUGCUGGAAAAGGUUAUCUCUUGCUACAAGCAUAUGGUGAAUGCUCAUGUAGAUGACGAUACUCUCAUGCGGAAAUGUCAAAUUUCUCUUGACUUUGUUGACAAUCUCAACAAUGAGUAUGAGCAUAACUCUAUUUUAGACAGUAGUAAUGGAUCUGGCUUUGUGGAGGAGCUUCAGCAACAGCAGAGUAUCCUGAGAGACUCCAUUGAACAGUUGAAAACAUCAGAGUUACUCAGAGGCAAUCUUAUUUCUUGCUUAAGGGAAGCACUCCAUGAACAGGAGUUCAAAAUGGAACAAGUCCGAAGCCAUAUUAAGGAAGCUCACUCCCGAUACAAGAAAGCUGAUGACCUCUGCCAGAAGCUUGGAAUUCCUGUAGCAAGGCAGGAGCCACCAAAUCAUGGGCUUAAGAAUUCAGGUCUCUCGGAAACGCCUGGUAGCUUUGCCCCAGAGCCAGCUAAUACCAGUUCUUUUGAGAAGGGACAAUCGAGUGCAGUGAUGUAUUCACAGGAGAACGGUCGGGAGCACGAGAUCCCCAAUGGCAUUUUAUCUUCACAAGCCACCAGGGACAACAUUGAGCAGAAAAUUGAAGAGCACUCUGCAAACAAGAGACUGAAGCUGCAGAACGAUGUGUAUGUUUCACAGCCUCAAUCGCCGCCACCACCACCACCACCACCACCACUCCCAUCUGAUGCAUUUCAACAGCCGCCACCACCACCUGAGCAUCCUCCACCACCAGAGUCUACAUCACCCCCUCCACCGCCAACUUCUGAUCCACCUCCAGUCCCACCGCCACCGCCUACAACAGGUUCAUUUCUGCCAGUUCCUACUGCUCCAUUUGCAGGACUGCCAGCUGGUCCUAUGACAGCAGUACCCUACAACUCUUACGCAGUAUUUUCUCCUCUGAACUAUCCCAUGGUCAGCAUCCCACCUCCCUUCCCUAAUGCUCCAAAUACUCCCCCAGGUUUCCAGGGUUUAGCUGGUCCUUUCUAUGGCCCUCCUUUCCCCGCACCUCCACCUCCACCGCCACCACCGAUGAACAGGAAAUAGACUAGUUCUUGCUUGCAUGUUAGUACUUUCAGCAAGCACAUGAGGCUGUGCUUUGGAGAACAGCUAUAGUCUUGGCUCCUUUGAAGAUUAUGAUCGUGAUGAUUCAUCACCAUGUGUUGUGGAGCUUAGAAUAUACUGUUCCCAGUGUUGUACAUUUAGUCAGUUAGCCAGAUUGUAGCAUAUUUAACGGUUAAUUAACAUUAGUUGAAGUCUUGGUCAUGAAGUAAACAAACUGUGUUUGGACUGCUAGAAUGAAAAUCUGGAGUUUGAGUUAUGACAGCUGAAAGCAAAUGCCAUAGCAUGAAAUCUUUGUUACUUUUCUUUCUGUUCUUUUUUUUUUUGCAAAAUGUGUAUUACAUUUUGCCUGUGUUAUUGACUAGAUUAUUGUUGAGAGCAUGUAAUUCUGCUAUUUGGUAUGAGAUGCAAAUUCUAGUAGGAGUAUCAUUUUUUUGGCAGACAUUACUAGUGGCCACUUUUGGUGUCUUUUCCAUAGUAUACUUCUCUAAUUAAUCAUGUAUAAUG